AUGUUCCCCACGACUUUGAUCGAACCUGCCAGACAGUGGUUCAAAAAGUACAAAAAGCAUUCAAUAAGUUCUUGGAAGAAGUUGUCUUCUGAGUUCAAGAGGGCGUUUCGAGAUUCAAAGGCAACUUGUGUAGAGGCCUACUCAUUGGCCAACAUAAAACAGCAACCUGGUGAGUUCUUGAAAGCAUAUAUGAGCAAAUUCUACAACGUUGCAGCACGGGCUAGAAACGCUAAUGAUAGCUCCAAGCUCAUGGAAAUGAGAACUGGAAUCCUUGUGGGAGGUGAUUUAUGGCAGGAGCUCCAACGAAAAGGGGUUAAAAGUGUAGAUGAGUUUAUGACCUGA